ACAGAACGUGACAUCCCGCACGACACAAAACGAACGGUGUUUGUUUAUAAUCGAUUCCGUGAAAUAAUAGAAACGCACUCAUGCCUAGCACGAAGCUGGCUAGACGGUCCAGUUAGAACGAGGUAACAUGUGAAUAGGGAAAACGGGAAUACAUUUGGAAAGUGUGGCUUCCUCACCAAAUCGAAGACAGCGAACUCACCGAUCCGUAGAUAGCGACGGCGAUGACGCCCGUGUGCUAAAAAUAAUCCGCACGCCAGGUUGCACUGAAUAAACAAGUGAAGUGACUGGAGUGUGUGUUCAUUGAGGAUAGAAGAAACGGCUGCAGCUGGGCCAAACUGAUUAUACUAUUGUGCUAUCGUAAAAGCAAAUCGCGUGUUCCAACGCAAGCCAGCCUCCUCGGAUGGGUGAGCUGGAUAUGAACUUUGGUGAGCUGCGGGACAAGCAUGAAAUCAUCCGGAAGUACGUGGAUAACUUGAACCGCCUACGGGAGCUGGCCGCACGGCGAGGUCAGAUCAGCGAGGGCGAGUUCAACAACUACCUGAUACGGCAUUACUUCCACAACAACAACAUCAUCAAUUACAUCUUCGACAAGCACACGAGCCGUAUCCUGCUGAAGACGGUCAUCGAGCGCAAGAAGAAAAUCAUCAAUUUUAUCUUCCUGCUGUUAACGCUCUUCGUUGUGUUCUCCUACAAGCACGAAGUGUCGACCGUCGUGCUGCGCAACAUUCAAACCUUCAUCUACCCGGGGAUGCGGUUCUGGCGCAAGGCAACCGUGCCGAUCAUCGCCAACUAUCCGGCCCUCAGCGAGUACUACGACGAAAGCUGCCUACUGACGAACCCCUACUUCCAGGUCGAGAACCUCAACUGCGACCCGUGCGCCGACGUCGCCAACGUGCUCGAUUUCACCGGACUUGAUCCGGGUGUUGCCGUGCACUAUCCGUACAUCUUCCACACACAGAAGGAUGCGGUCGAUCUCGCUACACUGCAAGCCCUCUAUGAACGGCAUCGCGCCGUCUUUGCGAAGGAUGCGUACAAACUCCAGUCGACGGACGGUGCAAUCCGCAACUUGGACGACAUGUUUCGGGUGUUUGCGAAUGUCAGUGGCCGGACGAGUGCGGGCGGGGGCAGCGGUUCAACAUCACCCGAAAGCCAUACCGUGUGGCGAUGUAAUCGUAUGGAACCGGCACGUUUGUUGCGCCGGUUGUUCCCCCGUCCGGCUCGGUUGCCAGCGACGGGCGUCAGUUUAGAACGGUAUCUACUGAUCGAUACACCACAAGCACCGCUGUAUAGUAUACCGGAUGCUGAGUGUGCCAACAUGUUCGUCAUACAGGGUAGCGGAAGUCGAACAUUUUUGCUGCGACCGACCCAAGAGUGUCGGCAUCGUUGCAGGACCCUUUCCGUGCGGCUUCCUCCGCACUAUGGUUUAAUCUACAACUGGUGGUACUGGCGCCCUGUUUCGUUACCGGAGUAUGCUGCCAAAGUACCUUCGAUCAGCUACGUCGGAAGCUACUGCUGAGAUGCAAAACGUAAGCCUGGACGGUUACGUGAUCAUCGCCCUUCCAUAUAACUCCACAUUCUUCCCAUUCUCUUCGUGAAUAACGGCCGAUGAGGAGCUGCACGAAUAUUGAGAAGGCAAAGCCAUUCUGCACACACUAGAGGCACCACUAGGCACAAUGAGAUUAGUAAGCAAAGCAAGCGUAGCAUAACAGAAAGUAACAUGCGUUGGAACGGUCUAACGGGAAAAGGAUGUCGCUAAGUAAGUUAUUGGGAAACGCACGACGAGAGGCCACUUAGUCAGCAAUAAGCCGGAUCGACAAGGAAGUCUACCAAAGACUGCGCACCAAAAACGGAAAAUAGAAAUGCAAAAUUUCAAAUGGCCAACAAACGCCUGGCGUGUUUGUUGCUCGAUUCACUUGAUAUUAUGUUUCGUUAAUUUAUUUAUCUUCUUUAUGCAACAAAAAAGACUAGAGCAAAUGUAGAAAGCUCAUCCAAAGCGAUCAGUACGGUGGCUGUGGAUGGAAACAUGUAGUUAAAAGUCGACUCGAGGCACAGCACCCAACAAAACGGAACGAAAAACGCCUAUUGUGUACAUAGAUAGCAUUUAUGGUAUUACAUAUUCGUUUGAGUGAUUAAAUAUGUGAAAACGGACUCUGCACAAAGUGCCGAACAGGCAAUGCCAAUGUGACCAGAACCCUAACCAUGGUAACCCACCGCAUUCUUGGUUCGAUGAUUGCGAUCACUAUGAUGCGCUUAUGUGCGUGGUUUGCAGUAGCAAUCAUUUUAUUCACCUUUCGUCACCUCCAGUUAAACAUGCGGUACCGGUGCCGGUACUAUGCCAGUAUAUACAGCAAUAGAAGCUUUGCAGAACCCCAAGGUCGUAGAAAAAAGGUAGCUUCCAUCACCUCCUAUCCUCAAGAUCUUGUUCUUCGACCAACGUGGUACAGGUUCAUCUAGGAAAAUUCUCUCUGGAUGGAAAUGUGAAUGAAAACACUCAAAUUAUUUAUAUGAAA